AUGACCUCGAGUGCCACAGGUAUAUUCAAAGUGAAGGGCCUCACGGGCGCCACAGACCGCCUCAGUUGGUGUGAAGUUAGGGGCGCCCCUGGCAUCAAACUACAGGCGAUCCCUCGUUCUGGGACUACCAUUUCAGAAAAUACGCAGACAACGUUCAAGGCCAGGCAGAUAUCGGGCGAUGAAACUGCAUGCGAUAUCGUUCUCAACGCAACCCCCUCCACCCCAAUUCAAGUGACCCUGGUCUCAUCCAAAAAGGAGCUGUCACAAAUCAAUCCCUACGUGUACGACAUGCGCUUACAACUUCACCCAAAAGGGCUCUCCGGAGUUAUCACAAUAGUUCUUGGAAACGAUGUCAACCAGGGUACCGUCACUCUACCAAGCUUGACGGCGGUGGGCGAUUAUGUCGCCACUUAA